UAGCCUGAGACUAUUGCACAAAAGAUCACAGGAGGGUAGAUUAUCAUUCCUCAGUAGCAAAUUUAUUCGAAGAGUUCGUCACUUCUCGGAAGUGCCAUUUUUAGGUUAGUCCAGAUACCACAAUGAGCAGCAACAGACGACUGAAGUUAAUAGCUGGCCACUUAGAUCAGCUGAGUAGAACUGCUGUGGCUAAACAAAAUUGUGCAGAUACAUCAGCAGAAUCAACCCCUGAGGCUCAACACAAAAAUCCAGGCAGGCAUGACAUUCUCAAAUGGAAUGGCUGGGGCUAUAGUGACUCAAAGUUUGUAAUCCAAAAGGAUGGCCAGGCUGCUUUCACAGGCUCUCGAUACAUACUAGGAGGACACACUUUCCCCAAAUUGGUAGAUUGGUUUACAAAAUCAUGCCAUUCAGAUGUAAGCAUUACUUCCUCAGCCCAGCCUCUUCCUGAUCCAAGUACUUUACCAAGUUCACAGAUUAACCAGCCUUUCUUAGAUCAUGUUAAGACAACAGGAGUACAGUUUUCUCUUGAUCCACAUAUGAGGCUUUUCCAUGGUCAUGGGCACACUUGUCAUGAGAUCUUUGAGCUUCGUCAUGGAAUGCUUCACAGGAUUCCAGACAUUGUCAUCUGGCCAAGCUGUCAUAAAGACGUGGAGAAGAUAGUGCAGCUGGCUGUGGAGCAUAAUGUCUGUAUUAUUCCCUUUGGAGGUGGUACCAGUGUGUCCAGUGCACUAGAAUGCCCAGUUUCAGAGAGGAGAAUGAUUGUGUCGUUGGACAUGACAGAGAUGAAAAAGAUUCUUUGGGUCGAUGGAGAGAACCUUGUGGCUCACAUUGAGGCAGGGAUUAUUGGUCAAGAAUUGGAAAGGCAGUUGAAUGCCAGAGGUCUCUGUGUUGGUCAUGAGCCUGACUCACUGGAGUUUAGUUCUCUGGGUGGUUGGGUUGCCACACGUGCAUCAGGCAUGAAGAAGAACAUCUAUGGUAAUAUUGAAGACAUUCUUGUGCGCGUGCGCAUGGUGACAGCACGAGGAACCGUCGAGAAAAGCUGUCAAGUUCCCCGGAUGUCUACUGGCCCGGAUAUCCACCACUUUAUCAUGGGCUCGGAGGGAACACUGGGUGUGAUAACCGAAGUUAGUUUGCGAAUCCGUCCGUUACCUGAGUGUAAGGUCUAUGGCUCUAUUGUGUUCCCUACGUUCGAUAUCGGGGUAGCUUGUGUGAGAGAGAUUGCCAAACAGCGUUGUGCUCCGGCUUCGAUUCGCUUGAUGGACAACGAACAGUUCGUCUUUGGGCAAGCUCUGAAAUCUGAAGGUGGAUCUUACUUCAAAUCCUUUAUCGAUGGUCUCAAAGCCGUCUACCUAACCAAGUUUAAAGGUUUCGACCCACAUCAGCUAGCAGUAGCUACACUUCUGUUUGAGGGAGACAAGCAAACCGUCGCCAGCCAACAGAGGAAAAUUUACGAAAUCGCCUCCCAGUUUCGCGGGAUUCCAGGCGGCGAAGAAAACGGCCAGAGAGGAUACAUGUUGACCUUUGUGAUCGCCUAUCUCAGGGAUCUUGGCUUUAAUCAUCACUUCCUUGCCGAGUCAUUCGAAACAUCUGUGCCCUGGGACAGAGUUACAGACCUGUGUCGCAACGUGAAAGAAGGGCUGAAGCGGAAGUGCGCGGACCUUGGAAUCAAGCACCCACCCUUGGCCACUUGCAGAGUGACGCAGACAUACGAUGCCGGCGCGUGCGUUUAUUUCUACUUCGGCUUUAAUUACCACGGGCUGCCUAACCCAUUGGAGAUGUACGACGCAGUGGAGAGUGCUGCCCGCGAUGAAGUUCUCGCCAAUGGCGGAAGCUUGUCUCAUCAUCAUGGAGUCGGCAAACUCAGGAAGAAAUGGCUCCGUCAAACCGUCUCUGAUGUAGGCAUUGAAAUGUUAAGAGGCAUUAAACAGGCAGUGGAUCCUCAAAAUAUUUUUGGAAAUGGAAACCUGAUAUGAUUUCACAAUAGGCUGUGACGAAUUUUUUUAUUUAACUCUUUAACUCCCAAGAUCUAGUUGUUAAUUCUCCCCUCUAGCUGCUACACAUUUCCCU